AUGGGCAAUGGCGGCAGUGCAGACCACUGGGCGGCGGCAGCGUGGACCACUGGGCGGCGGCAGGGCGGACCACUGGGCGGCAGUGCGGACCACUGGGCGGCGGCGGCAGCGCGGACCACUGGGUGGCAGCGCGGACCACUGGGCGGCGGCAGCAGCGCGGACCACUGGGCGGCGGCAGGGCGGACCACUGGGCGGCGGCAGGGCGGACCACUGGGCGGGGGUGGCAGGGCGGACCACUGGGCGGCGGCGGCAGGGCGGACCACUGGGCGGCAGCAGCGCGGACCACUGGGCGGCAGUGCGGACCACUGGGCGGCAGCAGCGUGGACCACUGGGCGGCGGCGGCAGGGCGGACCACUGGGCGGGGGCGGCAGGGCGGACCACUGGGCGGCUGCGGCAGGGCGGACCACUGGGCGGCUGCGGCAGGGCGGACCACCUACAAACCUCUCCCCCGAGAAGAAAAAGAGCUCAGACAUUGCGGCGCUCCCACAGUACUGCCUCUCCUACAGUGUGAUAUUCCCUCAGUACUGCGCCCCCCCCCCACAGCGCGGCGCUCCCUCAAAGCCGCCCCUCAGUAACGGCACUCCCUGCUUCGCUCAAUCCCUCGGUUUAGGGCUCAUUCAUAAACUUUCUCCAUACUACGGUGACGCCGUCCCCCCGAGGGCGGGGCUGGUGACGUCACGGGGUGUGAAUGCCUGCUUAUACCGGGUGAAUUGCAGGUAUUCCGCACACCUGUCUGAUCCUCGCUCGCUGCUGAAGAUGGUCAGGCUGCACAUCACGCUGUUAGCUCUGCUGCUAACUGCAGGUUGUACAGUUAGGGGAUCUCCUCGGGACGAGGAGGAGAGUAAAGCAGUGACGGCGUUGGGGGUUCCAGAUUCCAGUGUCUCCACCAACAGCCAUGGUGUCACCCCGCAACUCGUCCCCGAGCGAUUCACGGGCUCCGAGGAGGAGGAGGAGGAGGAGGAGGAAGAAGAUGAUGAGGAUUAUUCAGAAGACUAUGAGCUCUCGGGGUCGGAAGAGCUUUACGACGUAACGUCACCAGCAAAAGUUCAAGCUGUCGUGAAACCCGAAGGCAAAGACCAAAAGAAAAAUAACUCAAAAAAUCUUAAGGGCAAGAGGAAGAAAAAUAAAAAUGGAAAAAGGAAGCGCAAUUUCUGCAAAACCAUUUACAAAGAUUACUGCAUCCAUGGAAAGUGCAAGUAUCUGAAAGAACUGAAUAAGCCCUCUUGCAUAUGUCUUCCUGGAUAUCAGAACGAGCGUUGUGGGAUACAAGUAUUGCACACCGGCAAAAACAAGAAGCAGUUCCACGAUCUCUCCGUAACGCUGAUAGUUGUAGGCGUUGCUCUGGCCAUCUUCACACUAACUGCUGUGACAGUUGCUGUGACAUUGCACUUAAGAAGGAAAAUGAGAGUUGAAGGUGAAACCGUGAAUGAGGAGAAACAGAAACUGAGAUCUGAAAACGGAAUCGUGGUUUAGAAAUGAAGGUCUACGCUGGACAUCUGGAAGAUGAAGACCAAUGUAUCCAACUUCUGCCCACCUCUCCCUCCAGUUACUUCUUAUUUGUCACUGGUUUUGAUGUAUGCAAUAAUUAUACACUUUAAAGCACAGUUGACUGUAACCUAUAGUGCCUAUAAUGUAGUUUUUUAAAAAAAAAAGACCUAGUGUGUCUCAGAAUAUUGGUGGACAACAGUUGACACUGAGCUAAAGAGGGAGACAAAGAUCUUUGGCAUUUUAAAAAUGUAUCAAAGGGUGCAGGAAGGUUUGGCGAGAAAAUGCAGAAUGGGCACGGAGGUGGCUGAACAUGGUGCUCCCCAAGGGCAGAGGGAUUAAAGGAGAAAGGGACUGGUCAGGAGAAUGUCCUGCUGAAAGGCCUUUCCUCCACGCUGUUGUCUCCCAGGAGCAGGUAGACAGGGCAGGACACACACCGGGAGCAGCCACAGCAGACCACCAUGAAAACAGACCAUGCAGUUCACCAGGUCCUUGCUGAGCAGAGGCACCCAUCUAUAUUAAUCCCAUCUUCCCGGCGAUCACACAGCACGGAGAUGGGCCAUUUUGCUCUCCAUUUACUGGAUAAAAUUUCACCUGCAAAGGUGCUGGAUGUGACUCAUGUUAUGUAAACAACUUUUUACAAUCCAUAGGUAUUUCAUGUGAAAUACCAGACUGAAGCUCAUUGCUGGGAUGGGCACAAUCAGCAGGGAUUACUCAAUUAGGAUCGUAGCCAUGAUCCGGCAACCCUAUGAGGCUUCUCCCUCAGUAAUCUUUCCCUCUUGCGUGCCAGAAAUUGUGGAGUUUAGUAACCCUACUGCCCUGUUGGGGUUUGGUCACUCAGGCCACAUCUGCAGUGGCUGAGCACUGAGGUGAAGCUCCCAACACUGCCUUCUCUCUACUGCCUUCAUAUCAGUGGAAUGUGUCAAGUUUGAGUGCAGAAAUUGUCAAAGGUUUCUUAAUAUAUCAGUAUUUAUUUGUUAUUUAAAACUUAUUUAAGUGUAUGGUGUAUUUUUUACAA